AUGCGGAACGGUGUCCGUUCCGAUCGCUCGACGAUCGGGCACGUGCUUCGUAACGAGGCCCGUUGGAGCUGCACGGCUGAGAGCACCAAUACCACUCGAGUGCGUGGUGGGGCUCACCCGCAGCUCGAGCAACGCAUCAUUCGUUGGAUUCACCACGCGGGGGAGGACGGCGUUCCUGUGACAUUGGCGACCAUCCGCCAUCACGCUGACGGAAUCGCCCGCGACGUGGGCAUUCCCGCGUCCUUCCGGUGCUCGGUCGGGUGGGUGCGCCGCACACUGCAGCGCCAUGGCGUGCGGCGCGGUACCGGGCGUACUGGCUUCGCGCUUUCACGGCCGACUGGAGCGCGGGGGGCGAUGACGCGCUAUCGUCCCAACCUCCGCGACUCGCUCUCGUGGCUCAGCGAUGCGUGGAUCACCAUCAGCCCGAAGACGAUUCAGCGGUGCUGGUGGCGGACCGACUGCCUCCCGGCUGCGUGGGAGAUGCAGCUAGAGCAUGUAGGGGCCGCUGCUGAUGUCGACGAGGAGGCCGGGGACGAGCUCGAGGAGGAGCUUGGCGACGUCGGCGCGUUGAUCCGCCACCUCAACCUCGGGCCGAGCACCAUGGCGGCGGCGGAGUUUGUCGCCUUGGACGACAUGGAGCCGACUUGCGAAGAGCCGGGGGAGGAUUCGCUGGCGGCAGAGCCUGCCACCGAGGCAACGGCAUCUUCUUGGGACCAGCCAAUCCCGUUUGCUAGUGUCUAUGAUGACACCGACCUGGUGACGCGCGAGGCAAGGCGCAACGCGAGGUCGGCCUGCGAAAUGCUUAUCGGCUACUCGCGCGCCAUCAGGAUCGAGCCGCGUGACAUUAGCCACCUUUUCGACAUCCGCAACCCGAUCAUUGUGGAGCGGCUCGAGAGGGCAAGCCCUCGUCUUGAUCUGAACGAGCCCGCUGCCGCACCAACUCUGGAGCCUGCUCGUCGUGGUCGCGUCCUCCCGGCGUGGAUGACGACGCCGUCGCGCCGUCAGCAGCUGAUCAACGGCGGCAUAACCGCGGCCAUGGGAGGCUACCCUAAGUCGGCCGAAUGGUUCCGCAUCUAA